CUAAAGGGAUCACAUCAAUAAACGGUGAAAGGGAGCCUUGUAGUGUAAUUCCUGACUUGACCUGGUAGGAAGAGCCAUCACUGAGAUAUCACAAUGUCAGAAGAAAACACCAUGAACUUUGAUUACCAAGAUUACUUUGAAAUUCCUAACAACACACACUUUUCUCCUGCCAACAUAAGUGUCAAGGACUUCAACAAAGUGUUUCUCACCACUCUCUACAGUUUGGUUUUCAUCAUGGGCUUCAUAGGUAACGGACUAGUGGUGUGUGUCCUGGUGAAGCACCGCAGUCAGAGCAACCUGACAGACAUCUGCCUCUUCAACCUGGCUCUCUCUGACCUCCUCUUCGUCUUCACGCUGCCUUUCUACUCUCACUAUGCCAGGGUCGGCCAGUGGACUUUUGGAGACUUCAUGUGCCGUUUGAUCGCCGGUUCUCACCACAUUGGCUUCUUCAGCAGCAUCUUCUUCAUGGUUGUCAUGACGCUGGACCGCUACAUGAUCAUCGUGCACGCUCACAGGGUUGCACGUUAUCGCACAAUGAGGGCAGCCAUCAUUCUGACCGUGCUCGUUUGGAUGCUGAGCUUGUUUGUCUCUCUGCCAGAUUUUAUCUUCAUAAAGGCAAUAGGACAGGAAUCCCAAGGAGUGGAGUGUGACUAUCCCGAGGAGAGCAAAGUCUGGGAGCAUUACAGCCUAUUCACCAUAAAUGUGCUGGGUCUUGUGAUUCCCUUGCUGGUGAUGGUAGGUUGCUACUCCAGGAUCAUCCCCACGCUGGUGACCAUGAGGACUGCAAAGAAGCAUCGCAUUGUCAAGCUGAUCAUCUGUAUAGUCGUUGCAUUUUUCUUACUCUGGGCCCCGUAUAACAUUUCCCUUUUCCUGGAGUUUCUUCAGGAAAGAGAAAAAAUCCCCAAUGAUGAAACCUGGGACAAUAAUAUGAGGCUGUCAAAAACAGUGACUGAGGCCUUAGCUUACACUCACUGCUGUCUGAACCCCAUCAUUUAUGCUUUUGUGGGAGAGAAGUUUAUGAGACGAGCCUUGCAGCUGCUGAAAAAGUUUGUGCCUUUUUACGGAAGAUAUUUGUCAGACAGCUCAUUCAGGAGAAGCUCAGUUAUGUCCAGGGGCUCUGAAGUCACUUCUGCUUCUUUGAAACUCUAGAAGGUGGAGGACAGUUUUAAUUGUUUUUGGCAUGAAUGUUUCACCCUCAGACCAUUCCACGUUUUUUUCUGUUAGUUUUGUUUGUUUAGUCACUUUGCCAAAUACCACCAGUGUUUUUCACCAGUGUCUCUCCUUUAAAGUUUGUCUGUACACCUUUAGAUCCUGCGAAUGUUGUCAUGACCAUAAGAUUUCAGAUUUCUUAUAAACGAUUGUAUUGUGUUACCAUAGCCAUAUAUUUUAGAGAAUCUCACGUCUUUUCCAAACUCUGUGCAACGCCCUUUCUUCUUCUGCUCAGGCUUAAUGAAACUUGCUUAAACUGAACCUUUUGUUUACAACAGUAUUUGUAACAAUCUGUUAGUUUGUUUUUUUGUCACAUCUUCAAUAAGCAUGUGAAAAAGUGUUUUAUUCAAAUGUAUGGAAUUCUGAAGUUGACUUUUAGAAUUACCUUUCAAAAAAGAUUUGUAUGCCAGCAUUUGUAAUGAAAUUUGAUGUGAAACAAACGUAUAUGUAUAUAUAUAUAUAUACAGUGGACAGAACUACUUUUACUACCUUUUACUUUUACAUUGUAAAUAAAUUUUAUUUUGCCUCAGUAACUUUGACUACUAUUUCAGAUGGGUUUUUGUUUUUGUUUCUUUUGUACCAUGCCUGCAUACUGUACUGUUUUCCAGGUAUUGAUCUUAUGCAUGCUUAUGUUUUGUUAUGAUACUUGUACCUGUACUUGCACUGUUCAUGAAUCAAGGCUGGCAUCCA